AUGAGUGCAUUCCAGAGUGCUCAUUAUCUAGAAAUAGCAUGCUUCACACUUCUGGUUUACGACCUACUGACUACCUUCGGAGAAGAGGUUGAAUACUUCUGGUCGGGUCCAUGGAGCAUAUCGCGUGUUCUGUUUUUCUUGAAUCGAUAUCUUCCAUUUGUCGUCAUGAUCUCAGGUUUGGUAGUUCGUUUUCUAUUAUUGAAUGCGCUCACUAAGUCAUGCACUCAUUGGAUUCGCGCUGCAUUUGAACUUUCUAUCAUCGUAAUCUGCAUCAAUCAAGGAAUUCUCUUCCUCCGCGUGUGGUAUAUGUACUCUCAUAGUGCCAUUGCACGGGCGGUUGCAUGUUUCAGCUACGCGGGAUGCGCUUUAUCAUCCCUCAUAACGAUGGGCUUGAGUCUCUCGUUCCUGAAGUCAACCACGGAGUCUCUGCAGCUUCAGCGGAAGAUAACAGCCAUUCCAGGAUGUUCUGCACCUGCCCCAUCGAUGAUAUGGACAGUUUUCGUUCCAAGUACUAUCAUUCACACAAUUUUGUUUGGAUUCACGAUCGCACGAGUCGUGAAGGUCUCUCGUGACUUACAGAUGGAUCAAUUGAUGCAACGUCUGAUACGAGAUGGUGGUCUUGUCUUCUUCGUCUCGAUGGCCUCGGCCACAUUUUCCGUAGUCGGUGCUCGUUUAACCACAGAUCCUGUCAUAAACGGGCCAGCAACUUGGUCAAACUCACAGUUAGCGAUCAGUGCAGUUGCAGUGUCUCGGCUUAUGCUCAGCAUUCGCUCCCUCGCUGGGAAGUUGAAAAUUAAUCAAGAUUGGUUAUUUAACCCGUCUGAGCUCAGUAGGGUAAGGUGGAGAGCUGUCUCUGGUGAUUAUAGCCGCAUUAUCAUAGUCGAGAUGGACACACAUGAACCAGUAGCAUGA